UGAGUGACGAAACGUUUCUCCCACAAAACGCUACGUCCAGAUGAACAGAUUCAACUUUUGGAGACACUGUUCAGGUAAUUUUAAUGUCCAUGUUGCCGAUUUAAUUUUUGUGCUGUAUAGCAGUUCUUCUCAAAGUUUGGUUCUUAAAAAUAGUUCGACCAAUAAAUCUACUCGGAUAUGUUUCAAGCCUUGUAAAAAUACUAGAAAAAAAAUUGUGCUGCAAAAUUCUGAAUACCACUAAAAAAAUACCUGCUUCACCAUUGUAACAUGUACUGAAGUUUGGGAACCACCUGCUCAUGUUCUUGCACUUAUUUUUUAGAGUAACAGUUGGAGAUUUGGACAUCAGAAAUGACAGCCCCAACAAAGCUUCUGAUAAUCCUGGGGGAGAACAAUGCACUCAAGUUAACCCUUCCUUUGGGGAUACCAAAGAAUGUUAACGAGCUCAAAGCAGAGAUUGAAAAUCAGUGCGGAGUUUCUGAACAGUUCAGAUUACAGUACAUGGACACAGAUUUUAAUCAGUUCCUUAACCUGACAUCCACAUUUGAUCUAAAAGACAUGGACAAAAUAAAAGUGAUUAAAACAUGUGUACCAGAAACAUCCACUGGUAGUAAUGAAAGCAGUGUGUCCUCAUUUAACUUGGGUAGCCCCUGCUCUGGCCACAACCCUGAUUAUGACACAGAUAUACUGCCAUCGCCAGAAUCCAGGUCAUCAAGCUCCUCGAGCUCAGCAAACUCCACGCUGCGAUCAGAAGCCUGGCCACUGGACUUUCGCAUACCUGAGUUUAGCUUCGAUGUAGAGCUGCAAUUGACAAAAGGCAACCAGGAAUUCCAAGCCAAUGGAACACUUUUAACCCUAAAACCAAAGCUCAAGUCUGACAUUUUAGAGAGCUUGUCUUCAGAAAUUAUGAAGUACAAAGCUUACCCUUCAGACAGCAAUCUUAGUGAUGUUUGCCAAGCUUUGGUUGUAAAGCAUCCAUGCUUGAAAGAGAAGGGUUCAGAAACUGGAUUUUCUGCAUGGAAGAUCAGUUUGAAGUAUAAAAUGUCAAACUAUCGUGGAAAACUGAAGAACUUGGGGUGUAGUGAGUUGGUCAUCAAUUCUCUCAAAAGAAGAGGGAACAGUAAUGUGCAUCCCAACCAAGUCAAGAAACCCAGGAGAGCGGAGGUGAAUUUCUGCCCUGAUUAUCCAGCUGGAGAAACCCGAGAGAGUCAGGAAGAAGAAAGGUUGGUGCUGCUUUCAGAGUUCAAGAAGAAGAACAACGAUGAAACCAUCAAAGCAAAAAUGGCCCAAACCUUUCCUCACCAGAGGCAAGAAAUUCUUCAGGACAUGCCCUUCGUAGCUGACUUUAAAAUGGCCAGCUCUUUUUUUCUCCAUGUGAGAUAAAUGCUGAAUUCCAGUGCAUCACUACGGUCCCGCUAACAUCCACAUUUAUGGCACAGCUGGACAACAACACAACCAAACUGACCAAAGUCUUCAGAAACAAGGGAGGAACAUCUGGACAUAAGAUCACAGAAAUCAUGGCUGCAAUUGAUGAGAACGACGCAGUUGCAAUGAGAAGAGUGUGUACGCUAAAAGGACUUGCAGUCUACCUCAAUGAAGAUCCGAACAGCUUGAUCAAAGAAUAUCAGGAUGUGGACUUCCAUGAGGCCGAAAGUGAAAUGGAGAAGACGCUCAUUGGCAUCUACGUCAUCAAACCAGAAGGAGAGCGUGACCUUGACCCGGGAGAAGACAUUGGUAUCAUAAUUGAGGGUGUCGCUGUGCUCAGAGGUCUUCCUGAUGUUGCCACUGCUGUUGUGUUGUUGUUCUACACUUUAAACAUGAGCUACCCAUCCAACCUCAGGUACACUUUUGAGUUUUUUCAGAAAGUACUGAUGGGACUUGAUGCUAAGAAGCUAUCAAACAAAGUUCAAGUGCUCAGAAACAAACUCCUUGAGUAAAGAGGAGGAAGCGGGAGGCCCUUAUUGGUUAACUUAGUUUGAAUGCUUUACGUUCAGGUAUAGUUAAGUUGUUCAUAAACAAUUUUUUUUUCAUUGUCAGUACUGUUUCUUGGGAACAUUCACCAGUUUUAGAGAACAAUAAUGUUCAUUUGCAUUUUAGCAAAAUACUGUUACUUAAAAAAUUGGUGUUGCACUUCUUCUACUGCUACUUGACAACAACAUACAGAAAAUGACAGACAUUUUCAAAAGUUUUAGCGGUUAGGCCACUGUGAUUUGAUAUUUCAAAGAAUGUGACAUUUGGCAGCUGUCUGCAACUUGGGAUGUAACCAUAACUUGAAAAACUGAGUAGCACUGUUUUACAGUACAGUUUUUGAACAAAACAGCCAAUUUUCACUGUUUUAAAUGAGUUUAGUUUGCUCUUUCAUGCUUAUCAGUGUUUGAAAAUAAUUCCUGAAACGUCUUGUAAAAUGUAGGAUUUUUUUUGAUAAUUUGGAUGCUUUCUGGACCAGUUGAAAGACAAGUUGGUUAGCACUUCACUGAUCUUUGAAGUAAAAUAUUGUUUAAUGCACAAAGUAUUUAGUUAAAUUUGUCUGCAGUGAUUGCACUUUGUGUUAAGCUACGGCUCUACGGUCUUUUUGGUCUGUCAACAAGUAUUUAAUAUGCACUGAAUGUGCUUAGUAAAGACAGGACUUUGUUGGAUCGUUUUUUUAAUCAUUUUAGUUUGACGACAAGUUGGUUAGCACUUUAUACUGAUCUACAUUUUCUGCACAAAAUAUUCACUUGAAAGUUGUAACAAGUUGCAUUGAUUGCACUUUGUGUUAAGCUGUUGUGCUUGGAAAAAAGUAUUUUAUAUGCACUGAAUGUGCUUAUUAAAGGCAGGAUUGUGUUUGAUAA